CAAAAGCCCCUAUUUAGAGUGCUCUGGGAGCACUGAGAGCUUAGUGUGUAUGUGUGUGUGUGAGUUGUUGGCUUCCUGCUGCUGCUCGGUGUCCGCACACCGUCCGUCUCGUCAGUGUUGAUCGGCUCACCAUGGCGGAAGGACGCAGAGAACAGCCGCCUCAUCCUCUCCUCUCGGUACCACCGGCCAGCAAGCGACCCUGCCUUCGCCCUGCACCCCGAGGUCCCGGGCCGGGGCCCGGCCACGGCAGCGGGUUACCCAGCUCCCGGUAUCGUUCUCCCGAGUCCCUUCUGGACUGCGCUGCUAAAGCAGUAGCGGAAAAGUGGGCCUUCGAAAGAGUAGAGGAGCGCUUCGAGCGGAUCCCGGAGCCCGUCCAGCGCCGCAUCGUCUACUGGUCUUUUCCCCGCAACGAAAAGGAGAUAUGCAUGUACUCUUCGUUUCAGUGCCGAGUCGCCGGGGAGGAAGGUCCGUCUGCGGCUCCCGGUGGGGCUGGGGGUGCUGGUUCCGGAGCUACAACCACUGGUGGCGGUGGAGGAUCUACCGCCGGUACAACAGCUACCGUUGGGGCAGCCGGGGCAGUGGGGACGGGAGACGGACUGCCUUUCCGUCGGGGUAUCAGACUGCUAGAAACCGGCUGUGUGGAAAACGUUUUACAAGUCGGGCAUACUUCUGCUGAGAUGCAGUUUCCUGAUAAAAGUUGGAAAUAGCAAUGUGUCAUCGCAGACCGAGAAGCGCAGUGAGAAAUGACAGCAGAGGACAGUUGGC